UGUCAGGAGUGGGGACAGGCAGACACAGGAUCACAGCAACUAUGGCGUCAGAAUUUAUGGUGAAUGUGAAGGAGGAGGUGACCUGCCCCAUCUGUCUGGACCUCUUGGUGGAACCCGUGAGUGCAGAUUGUGGUCACAGCUUCUGCCGAGCCUGCAUCACACUGAACUAUGUGUCCAGCAAAGACAAAGAGGGAGAGUUCCUCUGCCCUGUGUGCCGAGUUAGUUACAUGUUGAAAGAUCUGAAGCCUAAUCGCCAUGUGGCCAACAUAGUGGAGAGGCUCAAGGGCUUCAAGUCCAGCACAGAGGAGCAGAAGGUGUCCCACUGUGCAAAGCACGGAGAGAAACUGCAGCUCUUCUGUAAGGAGGACAUGGUAGCCAUCUGCUGGCUCUGUGAGCGAUCUCAGGGGCACCGUGGGCACCAAACAGUUCUUAUUGAAGAGGUGGCCCAUGAAUACAAGGAGAAGCUGCAGGCAGCUCUGCAGAAGCUGAUGGCGGACAAGAAAGAAUUUGAGAACUGGAAAGAUGACCUUCAAAAGGAAAGAGCUUCUUGGGAGAAUCAAAUACAGAAAGAUGUAGAAAAUGUUCAGACAGAGUUUAAACGAAUGGGCGAGAUCCUGGACUCUGAGGAGAAGAAUGAGUUGCAGAAGCUGAGGCAAGAGAAGGAAGAUAUCAUGAAAAGCCUGGAAGAGUCUGAAAAUGAGCAUGCCCAGCAGAGCAAGUUGCUAGGAGAACUCAUCUCAGAGGUGGAGCAUCAGUUGCAGGGCUCAGCCACGGAAAUGCUGCAGGGUGUAGACAGCAUCAUAAAAAGGAGUCAUACUUUUUCUCUGAGGAAGCCCAAAACCAUCCCCAAGGAACAAAGAAGGGUGUUCCGAGCCCCCGAUCUGCGAGGCAUGCUGCAAGUGCUGCAAGAGGUCACAGAGGCCCAGUGCCACUGGGUUGGAGUGACACUGGUUCAAAACGACAAUCCAAACAUUGCCAUUUCUGCGGACAAGAGACAAAUACAAUAUGAAGACCAGCAAACAAGAAAUUUAGCACCUGGGGGCGAAAGCUGUCAUGAAGGUGUCCUGGGAUACCCAGCUAUCCAAUCAGGAAAACAUUACUGGGAAGUGGAUGUGUCUGGAAAAGGUGCUUGGGUUCUGGGACUAAGUGAUGGAAGCUAUUUCUUCAAUCCGAUUUUUCGUUCAAAUGCUGAAAGACGUCUAGAUCCCUUAUUUCGUUUGGGUAUUAGUAAUGAUUCACAUUAUCAACCUAAGUAUGGCUUCUGGGUUAUAGGGCUGAGGAAAAAGCACGUGUAUAAUGCUUUUGAGGAGUGUGCUUUCACAGGCAAGCCCAAUGUGUUGACCCUCUCUCUGAUGGGUCCUCCCUGCCGUGUUGGCGUUUUCCUUGACUAUGCAGCUGGCACCCUCUCAUUUUACAAUAUUUCUAACCAUGGAAUCCUCAUCUACAGAUUCUGUGCAGGUUCCUUUCCUGAUAGGGUUUUUCCAUAUUUUAAUCCUUUGGGAUGUUCAAAGCCAAUGACAAUAUGCUGGCCAGACUCUUAAGCCGUCAUCUGUUACUGUGCUGGGCCUCUGGCUGUGCUGUGUAUUUCAUUCGCCUUAGCUCAUGGGCA